AUGGCGAGAGAACUCAAAGGGAAAGAUGAUGCCGCAAAAAGUAGCGAACUACACAUGAACGAACUGAAGAAUUACACGUACGGGAAGCACAUUGUGGCACGUGUCGAGAAGCUAAUCGUUACAGGAGCCGCACUGCCAACCCAAUUUAUAUUAACUCUGGCCUUAAUGGACGUCAUCUUGUGGGUUGUCCAUGUUUGCUUGAAUGCCCUUAGUCCUGUUAUUACUAUCUAUGGCAAAUUAUCCACAGUUUUGGAGGUACUUGAUAUGGAUCGAAAGAUCGACAUUGUUCAUGAGCUCAAGAAUUAUGUUCUGAAAAGUAUUGGUGAUCAAAAUGGUAACCAUGUGAUCCAGAAAUGCAUUGAGUGUGUUCCUGAAGACUGCAUUCCAUUUGUUAUUGAUCCUAUACUUUCACAAAUUCUUGUUCUAUGUACCCAUCAAUAUGGCUGCAGAGUCAUUCAGAGAGUUCUGGAGCAUUGCCAUGAUCCUGUGACUCAAAGUGCUAUCAUGAAUAAAAUUGUGCAGCAGACCUUCCAUUUGACGGAUGAUAAAUUUGGGAACUAUGUUGUUCAACAUGUGUUGGAACACGGGAAGCCAGAAGAACGUUCAUCCAUCAUUCAAAAGCUCUCAGGGCAAGUGGUCAUUUUGAGCAAGCAAAAGUUUGCUUCUAAUGUCAUUGAGAAAUGUUUGGCUUUUGGAACUCCUGAAGAACGUGAUAGCCUUAUUGGGGAAAUCAUUUCAUCUGGUCAAACAUUUCAGGAAUUGAUGAAGGAUCAGUUUGGUAACUAUGUUGUACGGAGAGUCCUUCAGACAUGUGAUGACAAGUACCUAGAGAUGAUCCUCUCAAGCAUCAAACUACACUCUUGA